UUCAGGUGACGGAUCGAGUCGAGGAUCACAAUUUACUUUUCCCCACUUUUCAUUUAUUUUUCUGGGGGAUAACGAAAGCAACGGGAGCAGCAAUCUCAGGGCUCACCAUACUCAAUGAGCGGACAGCGCAAUGUCAGAGCGCUCUGGGCAAACUGCAAAGGGGAAGGAAGGCAAAACCAAGUAUGCGUCUCUCAACCUGUUUGAUACAUACAAAGGAAAGAGCCUUGAAACACAAAAGCCUGUUGUUCCCCCCCGCCAUGGCUUGCAAUCUCUUGGUAAAGUUGCCUCCGCACGGCGUAUGCCACCCCCUGCCAACCUGCCCAGUCUGAAGGCAGAGAACAAAGGCAACGACCCAAACGUCUCGCUCGUUCCCAAAGACGGCACAGGAUGGGCAAGCAAACAGGAACAAGCAGACCCAAAGAGUACCGAUGCCUUGUCAGCACCGCAGCCGGAAUCGCCGCAGCCUGUGGAUUCACAGACACCUGCACCGACCCGCCCGAGAACCCCGCCAGCUUCAGAGGCUCUGGCCCCAGCUUCAACCCAGGCCGUAGGGGCAAGGUCCUGGGCACAGGCCAGUGUUACACUUGGAACACAAGGGGAUGGUGGAAGGGUAUUAAACCAACAGUCGCCAUUCUCUCGCGAGGAAUUUCCCACCCUGCAGGCGGCUGGCGACCAGGACAAAGCUGGCAAAGAACAGGGCACUGCAGAUCAGUGGUGUGGGCCCGGACCAAACCUCCGCCCCCCGAACGUUACAAGCUGGCGGGACGGUGGGGGCCGAGCCCUGGGUGGGGAGGGGGCAGCGGAGGGUGGCACUGGUGGGGCUUUGCUGAUGGAUGGGACCCUUGGGCCACCUAGGAACCCUUCAGGCAACCCCGCCUUGCCUCUGCCCCAGCCCGGUGUGGGGCCUGGGUUCCCCCAAUAUCGAGGGAUCAUGCCUCCCUACAUGUAUCCUCCAUAUAUGCCCUUCCCAGGCCCUUAUGGCCCUCAAGGGCCCUACAGGUACCCGCAACCUGGGGAAGGGCCUCCAAGGUUCGCUCAGCGCCAAGGUGGUCAACGAGAACAAGGUGGAGAUGUGGUGAAGCGACCACCCAUCCUUAAGCAGGAUGACCUGAAGGAGCUUGACGAGCUGGACCACGACGGAGAUGAGGGCUGGGCAGGAGCCCAUGAGGAAAUUGAUUACUCUGCCAAGUUGAAGUUUAGUGAUGACGAAGGCGAAGAAGAGGCAGAAGAGGAGGGAACUGAGGGCAAGAACGACCAAUGUGAGCUGUCGAGGUCCGAGGAAGGUCCCUCUGCAACCUCUCGAUCCUCGGACAGUGGAGGAGACAAUGGCCCCCAACCUCCCUCCGGCAAGCCAGGAAGGGCCGAGGAGGGAGGCAGUGGCUACGGUGGCCAGGGAGCGCCCUCCAACUACCAGGACCGGACCCAAAACCACGGUGCUCCUGUAGGCCUUGGGAAACCUGGCACCACCCAGCAUCAGCCUGCAGCAGGGGGCCCGACUCCUCCUUCCCAGCCAUCCGCCCAGGGCGAGGAUGAAGAUGAGACAUGGCGUCAGCGCAGAAAGCAGUCCUCCUCUGAGAUCUCUGCUGCUGUAGAGCGAGCACGUCGCCGACGUGAUGAGGAAGAGCGUAGGAUGGAGGAAGAGAGACGUGCAGCCUGUGCCGAGAAGCUUAAGAGGCUGGAUGAGAAGCAGCAACAGCAGCAAGGAAGCAACACGGGAGGUGGUGGUAGCAGCAGUCAAACCCCCAGCCUUGAUGAAAACUCAACCGCUGCCACAGCAGGCAGCCCAUGUCCAUCUAUUUCAGCAUCUGCCUCCUCCCCCAACAUCAGCCAGCCACCGUCCCCUUGUGUGGACCCUGAGGAGGCUCCAGUGCUGGUUGUCCAACCAGUGUCCAGUCCCGGAGUCGGUGAGAGACAGCGAGCCAGCAGCAACAGCAGCUAUGACUCCAAUGCAGAUGCACAACCGUGUCCACAGCCAGCUGUGUCACAGCCUCAGCAGCCCACACUGGACGUACCUUUGCCAGUAGAGAGUAAGGAAGAGAGCAUUGGUGUUCCUCACAUUCGUGCAGGAACUGGAAGUGAAAGAGGAAUUGACCCAGUGAAGAUUGAGAAUACCGGAGGGACAGCAGGUCGUCAAGCUGGUGGUCCUACUGGUCAGGGUUACUCAAAGUACCAGAAGUCUCUUCCACCUCGAUUUCAGAGGCAGCAGCAGGAACAGCUCCUGAAGCAGCAGCAGCAGUGGCAGCAGCAGCAGCAGCAUAGCCAGGCGUCACAAAGCCAGCUGUCUCCUCAGCCGCAGCCUCCACAGGGUCCUUCACCAGGUUCAACUCCGCAGCCAGGACCUGGACCCAAGCAGGGUGGACCCAUGUAUCAGCCCACCAAUAUGGUUCGACCUCCACCCCUGCCAAUGAAUUUUGACCCUCGGUGGAUGAUGAUGCCAUAUAUGGACCCACGCAUGAUGCAGGGUCGCCCUCCACCCAUGGACUACUAUUCAGCGGGCAUGCAUCCAUCUGGGCUCAUUGCGCGGGAGCGGUCUGAUUCAGGGGGAUCUGGUUCAGAACCCUUUGACAGGCAACAGCAGCAUCCAGGGCACCCUCACCGGGGGACCCCCCCUAUGGAUCCCAAACUGGCCUGGGGGCCAGAGGUAUUCCCUGGCGCAGUGGAAGGUCGUGGGCUAACCUCCCCACUGAGGCAGAAGCAGGCUUUGGAGGAAGAUGAUGUGGCCAAAGGUCCCAGGAGUGACACUCCUCCGCACCGCAUACGAGAGGGUGGGUUGGGACCCAUCCAGCAGCCCAGCUCCAACUCUGGGACAUCCAAUCAGACUCCUCCUCCUGUCAGCGCUCAAGUGGGCAACCAAGGAGGCAGCCACCAUCCUCAUCACUACAUGGGUGCCCGGGGCAAUUAUAGCAACUUUGCUGACCAGGGUGCAAGGAUUCCUCCCCACCAACAGCAACAGAGGGCGAGUGAGAGGGGAAGCCAGCCACAUGGCUUCACCCACCAGGAUGAGGGGCAUCACCGUGGAUCUCAGCAGGGAUGGGGAGCCCAACACCCGCAUUAUGAUCGCAAUGGUCGUGCAGACCUCCCUCCUGUUGAAAGCAACUCUCACCUCCACCACCAUCACGGCCACCACCCUCAGCAGCCUCACUUCCCCCUCAACCCCCAUAAGCUUGAGAGCAACCGUGACCGGGUUGUUGAGACCACUGCUAAGAAAACGGACUCAUCUCCCCCUCUCCAACAACCUUCCAUCUCAUCUUCCUGCUCUUCUUCAUCUUCCUCCACUUCUGUAAGGGAAGAUGGGAGUGUGAAAGCUGCUCUGCAUCAUCACCCAUCUCAGAGAGAGGGUGAGGCUGGCAUCGGGCACAGUCUUAGUGAAAGAAGCAACAGUGGUAAUGCUGGUAGUAGCAGCCAUGUGAAACAGGAGAAAUCAGGCCCAGCAUAUGCUCCUCAUUCCUCAGUGGCCUCCAGUUCACCUCCUGCUCAUCACGGCAGUCAUACGCAGCAGCACCACCAGCAGCACCAGCAGCAGCAGCAACACCACCACCAGCAGCAGCAGCAGCAGCACCAUCCACAUCCUAAAGCAAACCAAAGAGGGGGACGAGAGCAUAAGACAGAGACCCAGUGGGGACCACGGCCAGGUGGCGGCAGUAUGGGUGGGGGCUCCAAUCAUGGCAGGAGGGCCAAUCAUGCGGGAGGUGGGAACCACUCCCGUGGAGGGGACGACUCCUCCCACAUUCCCUCAGACCACAAAUCCUCCAAUCAGACAGGGGGCAACAAGAGAGCUGGCCCCAUCAAGAAGCCGGUGCUGAAAGAAACCAAGAGAGAGGGAGGGGAAGUUGAUGGAGGAGAAAAAACAAACCCAGGCUUUACGAAAGAUAAAGAGCAAGAUGGCGGACAACUGUCCUCCAUUAAGCAGGAAGCCUCCCAGAACACAUCAGCUUCCUCUAAGGACGAGACUGUCCAAACAGCCAAACCCAGGAAUGUAGGAAAAGAACGAUCCACAGGAGGAGGUGGAGGAGGGUCGGGCAGAGGGCCCAAAGAUGCAGAUAUCAACUCCUCAGGAUUUUCAGGGUCUUCAAGAAGGGACAGAGACCGCUCCUUUGAACAAGGAGGAAACGCCCCCCAUCACCAUGGAAUUCCUGCUAAAGGCAACAGAGCUGGUCGCGGACGAGGGGGAGAGUUCUACGGGCGUGGACGUGGUUUCCGUGGCACCUACACGGCCAGUGCUGGGCCCACUGCUGCCAGUCGUGGAAGAAUGAGCGGCAGGAGCGGCAGAGACUACCGCCCAUCUGUUGGUGGUGGCGGCCACCACCAGGAGUCCAAGGGUGAGGGGCCUGGUGGCAGGCAUGGUCAGGAUCGUUCCCACCAUAAUCCAGCCAGGGCCAGGAACCGUAGUGAAACACGGAGUGAGGGUUCAGAGUAUGAGGAAAUCCCAAAGAGGCGGAGGGAGCGAGGUUCAGAGACUGGCAGUGAGAGUGGUGCAAGUGAACACGGUCACUCAGACAAGGACGAACACCAGAAACCCAGCACCAAGAAUGGCUCCAAUAAGGCCAACACCCCUGGAAGCGGCCCCAUGUCAUCUGCACCCCCCAGAGGUUCACAGGCCCGGGUCUUCACCCCCAGGGGUGUACCCUCUAGGAGGGGCAGGGGUGGAGGUAGUGGAGGAGGAAACAUCUACAGAGGUAGUGGCAAUGUUGGAGGACCACCAGGAGGACACAGAGUUGGACACAGCACGGGUUCUCAUGGUGGGUCUUCAAAGCCAUCAGCUCCAGGCCGGAAACAGCAAGGUCCGCCGCAAAGCUCUGGGCCCAAAGACCUGGGCCGGGGAGGAAAUGGUGGAGAAAAGAAGGACAAGAUAGCUGAUGCAAGUCAAGCUCAAACUCAGGGGACCAAUCCCCCUCAGCCAUCUUUACCUGCCACAACUCCUGCCACAUUAAGUUCCGCUGAAAAUGGAGGGGUUGUGGCUCCACAAGCUUCAACCAACCCUACAUCAAACCCUGGUGGGCCAAAUGCGCUCCCUCCUCCUGAUAACCGUGGGUUCCCUCCCAGUGGGUUUGAGCGACCCCCUAGACGCCGCCGUCAUGGUCGCUCACAGCAUCAGCAGGACAAGCCGCCUCGCUUCCGGAAACUGAAGGAGCGAGAGAAUGCUGCACGAAUCAACGGAGGAGUUGGGGUCAUCGGUGGUGGAAGGCCCUCAUCGCCUUCCCUGAAUUCAGUUCAGGACAGUAAUGGAGCCCCUGUCUCAGCUCCCAUAACGGGCAAUUCCCAAAAUGCUAACCACAAUGCCACAGUAACACCCAACAAUAACAGUGGUGGAGGGCAUAUUGGUAAUUCAAACAGUCACCACCAUCACCACUACAACCAGGGCAAUGCUGGCACAACCCACCCCCAGCACCACCACAGCCAUGGAGCAAAGUCCCCUGACUUCACCAACCAGAACUCCGACCAGGCCAACGAGGAGUGGGAGACCGCCUCCGAGAGCAGCGACUUCACCGAGUUCAGAGACAGGGAGGGAGGAGGAGGGAAGUCAUUUUCCUCUCACCAUCACCACCACAUGGGAAGGGGAGGAGGGGGCAGCGGAGGAGGAGCUGUGGUCGAUCGAGAUAUGGCGGGAAAAGAGCCUGCAGCGAAUAAAAGAAGCUUCUCCAGCCAGCGUCCUGGCAUGGAGCGACAGAACCGGAGGGUCAACCCUGGAGGUGGAGGAGGCGGCGGCAGAGGCCCACGUGGCCCACCUGGUGGCGGUGGAGGAGGCGGGCCUGGUAACGGAGGUGGCAACCGCGGGGAGAGGCGCGGCAACUGGCCCUCCCCGAAAAAUAGGAAAUGAUGGAUUAAUUCAAAACAUUUCAGACGUAUCCCACCCACCUUGAAACCCACCAUCCUACAUCCCGAACCCUUUUGAUCAUUAUUUGAUGGUUUAUCUGUUGGCUUCCCUAAACACAUUAGUGUAUUGUACAGUACAUGGAGAUGGUAUUCACCUUCACUUUAGCUGCCCUCCACCUUCCCCUGUCAUCUCUUUUCCUUUUGCAUCAAUCAACUAUUUACCGUCCGUUAUUGUAAAUUUCUCCGUUUCUUCCGUCUUGCCCCCCCCAACCCCCCAUCC